UCCAGCCCCGCCCUGGGGGCGGGGCGAGCCGGCUGUGGCGGGCUGGCUCAGUAGAGCAGAGGCAGCGGGGGAAGAUGGCGGCGGCUGUUCCACAGCGGGCCUGGACCGUAGAGCAGCUGCGCAGCGAGCAGCUACCCAAGAAGGAUAUUAUCAAGUUUCUUCAGGACCACGGUUCAGAUUCGUUUCUUGCAGAACAUAAGUUAUUAGGAAACAUUAAAAAUGUGGCCAAGACAGCUAAUAAGGACCAUUUGGUUACAGCCUAUAACCAUCUUUUUGAAAGCAAGCGUUUCAAGGGUACUGAAAGUAUAAGUAAAGUGGCUGAGCAGGUAAAAAAUGUGAAGCUUAAUGAAGAUAAACCCAAAGAAACCAAGUCCGAAGAGACACUGGAUGAGGGUCCACCCAAAUACACAAAAUCUGUUCUUAAAAAAGGAGAUAAAACCAACUUUCCCAAAAAGGGAGAUGUUGUUCACUGCUGGUAUACAGGAACACUACAGGAUGGGACUGUUUUUGAUACUAAUAUUCAAACAAGUUCAAAGAAGAAGAAAAAUGCCAAGCCUUUAAGUUUUAAGGUUGGGAUAGGCAAAGUUAUCAGAGGAUGGGAUGAAGCACUCUUGACUAUGAGUAAAGGAGAAAAGGCUCGACUGGAGAUUGAACCAGAAUGGGCUUAUGGAAAGAAAGGACAGCCUGAUGCCAAGAUUCCACCAAAUGCAAAACUCAUUUUUGAAGUGGAAUUAGUGGACAUUGAUUGAAACAGCAAUGCUUUAGAUAUAAUGACAGCAACAAUAAAACAAAGCUUUGAAGAAACUUAUGUAACUAAAUUAGAGCUGGUUACUAUUAUAAGGAAGAGUCAACUAGAAAAUUCAAGGAGUUAAAACUUAUUUACUGGAUCCCCCACUAUUAAGAAAUGUAAUGUGUCAUUAAUCCCUGAAGUUUAAAAUAUUUUACUACAACUGUGUAAAAUGUUGGUUAAGGAGAACUGAUUUUACUUUUACCUCAUGUUGUAAACUGAAAGGGUCAAUAAAAAUGUACCCAGUGUCUUGA